GCCCGGUCCCCAUGCUGCCGGCGCUCCUAACGCGAAGGCUGCUCUGCGGCCUGGUGCGGGUGUCGGCGCCCGCGGCGGCGCGCCCAACCCUUGCGGGUCCCCUCCCAGAAAGGAGGUGCGCGGCCGCCUCCUCGUCCCAGCGCCAGUCCUUCCCGGGCCGCGGGCUUCCUCCUGCCCCCACGGCCUGUGAAGACUCCCCAGGAGGCUUCGGCACCGAGGAGCGUUUCCUGUUCCCCGAGUAUGUGGUGGAGCCGGCGUCCACGCCGACCCCGGAGGAGGAGCUGCGAGAGCUGCAGCAGCGACUGGAGGAAGAGGAGCGACAGCGACUGCGGCGGCGGGAAGAGCGGCUUCAACGCCAGCUCCGCGUCGGCCGCCGUGCGCACCCGGGGCCGGAAGCUCCGGCCCCGACGGUGCCGCCCAGCGGCCUGUACUGCUCGGGCUGCGGGGCCGAGCUGCACUGCCAGGACCCCGACCUGCCCGGCUACUUGCCCGGAGACAGGUUCCGCCGCGCGGCCGAGGAGGGCGGCGGGCUGGCGCGCGCCGUGUGCCGGCGCUGCUGGCUCCUGGUGCACCACCGGCGCGCCCUGCGCCUGCAGGUGAGCCGCGGCCAGUACCGGGAGCUGGUGAGCGCCGCGCUGCGCCGGCCGGGGCCCGCUCUGGUACUCUACCUGGUGGACCUGCUCGACCUGCCCGACUCCCUGCUGCCCGACUUGCCGUCGCUCGUGGGCCCCAAACAGCUCAUCGUGCUGGGGAACAAAGUAGACCUGCUGCCCCAGGACGCACCUGGCUACCUGCAGCGGCUCCGAGAGCGUCUCUGGGACGACUGUGCCCGCGCCGGGCUCCUGUUGGCACCUGGCCAUCAAGGACCACAACAUCCCAGCGAAGACAAGCCACAUGAUGGCGACCAUAAGAAUCUGUCGGCCAGGUCCUGCACGGUGGUCAGGGACGUAAGGCUGAUCAGCGCCAAGACCGGCUAUGGAAUUGAAGAAAUGAUCUCCGCGCUUCAACGGUCCUGGCGCUACCGGGGCGACGUCUAUCUGGUGGGCGCCACCAACACGGGCAAAUCCACUCUCUUUAACACAUUGCUAGAGUCCGAUUACUGCACCGCUAAAGGUGCCGAGGCCAUCGACCGAGCCACCAUCUCCCCUUGGCCAGGUACUACAUUAAACCUUCUGAAGUUUCCUAUUUCCAACCCAACUCCAUACAGAAUGUUUGCAAGACAUAAAAGACUUAAAAGAGAUGCAACUAAAACUGAAGAAGAUCUUAAUGAGGAAGAACAAAAUCAACUUAAUCACUUCAAAAAGCAUGGUUACGUAGUAGGAAGAGUUGGAAGAACAUUUUUGUAUUCACAAGAACAGAAGGAUGAAGCUGCCUUUUACUUUGAUGCUGAUUCACUUGCUUUUGACAUGGGAAAUGAGCCUGUUGCCCCCAUGCACCAACCCACCAAACGAGUAGAAUUGACUCCACAAGAUGUGAAAGAUGCCCACUGGUUUUAUGACACCCCUGGAAUUACAAAAGAAAAUUGUAUUUUAAAUCUACUAUCAGAAAAAGAGAUAGACAUUGUUUUGCCAACACAUUCUAUUGUUCCAAGAACUUUUGUGCUUAAACCAGGAAUGGUCCUGUUUCUGGGUGCUAUAGGCCGCAUUGAUUUCCUGCAGGGAAAUCAGUCUGCUUGGUUUACAGUUGUGGCUUCCAAUUACCUCCCGGUGCAUAUUACUUCCUUGGACAAGGCAGAUGCUAUAUAUAAGAAGCAUGCAGGUUAUACAUUACUUCAGGUUCCAAUGGGUGGAGAAGAACGAAUGGCUGAAUUUCCUCCUCUUGUUGCUGAAGACAUUACAUUAAAAGAAGGACUUGGUGAAUCUGAAGCAGUGGCUGACAUCAAAUUUUCCUCUGCAGGCUGGGUUGCAGUGACACCUCAUUUUAAAGACAGACUGCAUCUCCGGGUCUACACACCUCAAGGAACAGUCCUGACGGUCCGACCCCCUCUCUUGCCAUAUAUUGUUAACAUCAAAGGACACCGCAUUAAGAGAAGUGUGGCCUACAAAACCAAGAGGCCUCCUUCCCUUCUAUACAACCUGCAGAAGAAGAAAAAGUGACAGAUGUCUGAGACAGGGUCUUGCACAGCUGGCCUCAAACUCACAAUCUUACUGCUUCAGCCUCCUGAGUUCUGGGAUUACAGGCAUGUACCACUAUACCCAGCUACAUUCUUUAUUAUACAACAGCACAUACAAUCCAGGCAACUGCCUUACAUAUAUUCAGAGUUCUUACAACCACAGAAAAUAUUGUUACUAAUAGAUAUUACCUGCAGUUAGAUAAGGAAAUAGAAGCACAAGCAACUUGCCCAGUAUCACAAUGAGCAAUGGAAUUGAUUCCAGAAAACCCAGGAAGUCUAGCUUAGUAACCAUGUGGGGUAUUCAUACUUAUAUAGGAAAACAUACUUUUCCUUUUAUGUACAGUUGUAUUUUAACAUAUUAUAUAUAAUCAAGAUACAACAAAGUCCUACCAGUAAAACUACUAUACAAAAUACUGCCCUUUUUAAAUUUUCUAGUUACUACACAUUUGCCAAGGGAUUCUUCUAACUCCAUAGAUGUAUAGUGGUAAACAAGUUCAUCCCUUCCACUAUACUCCCAUACCACAGCUCCCACAAUACUUUCUGUAUAUACUAAAAUCUUAAGUCAGAAUAUGAGAACAUUGCAACCAAUGACGGAACCACAAACAAAUCUACUUCAAGCCUCCAAAGCACAAAAUUCUCUCAAAAAAGGGAUGUUUUUGGUGGGGAAAGUGUUGAGAGAGGGUAGUGCUAGCUGACCUCAAGAUCAAGAGCCUCCUAAUCCACCUGCCCUCAGCCUCCCAAGUGCCUGGAUUUCAAGUCUGCAACAUCGCCACCUAAAAUCCUUAUUUCCUCAGAGUAUAUCAGAGGUAUAUGUGUAUUUGUAGCUAUAUGCUGCACCAUUCCCAUUUUACUACAGCGAUGUCUAUAAAAAUAAACAAGUGUCCCAA